AUGGAUGUUUCUGAUCAACAACUUCGAAGCUAUUCACACGCCCAACUUCUUAAAUAUAUUUUCGAAUUUCGCAAAGAUAUAAGAAAAAAAGAAAAUUUGGAUUCAUAUGUGAGUUUUUUUCUGUGAGGAAACAUUUUUCAUUUAAAGUCUGAAAAACCCUUUUUUCCCAGAAAUCAUUGAAUAUCAGGAACAGACAACUUCAAAACUAUCGCCAACAUUAUGAAUAUGAUUAUGUAGGAUUUUCCAAGGUUUUUAUUUGAAGUUCAAAUUUUCAAAUAUUUCAGCCUUAUUCUACAUCUUGGUUUGAUAUUCCUGAAGAAUUGCGAGAAAUGGUUAUCAACGAAAUCGAUCCGGAAACCGUUUUUCAAUUUAAACAAUGUUCGAAAUUGUGUGCUGAAGAAGCUGGAAGAUCGAAGAAUUCUAUGUAUAAGAUCGAAAUCAAUUACACUGAAGAAGGAACCCAUAUUUCUUUUUAUUUGACAGAAAACUCAGAAUGUCCACAUUUUCGUUAUAGUUUUUCUGAGAGCGGCUGGAGCAAAUGGAAAAAGACAAUUAUUUGCCACGAACGAAUUAAAAUUGAGGAUUGGUCACAACGUGAAUUUAAUAGUUUUAUGUACAAUCUUGAUGAAGAUGAUGAAGAGUCAAGUGAACAUUCGUAUAUCAAUACAUUGAAAGAAGAAAAAUGGGAAGUUGAGGAAAGUGAAGGUAUGAAAAGUGUUAUUGUAAAGUAUUUGAAGAAGUUUCUCGAAGAGUAUAAAUAUUCUCUCAAAGCUUUCGAUAAUACUGUAAGUUUUAAAAAAUAAUUUAAGUUUAACUUGUUUUCAUUGAACUUGUAAUUUGCAGGAAAAAUUGGAUUUAAAACAUUUGAAAAAUCUUCAACAUAUUGAAUUCGAUAAUUGCGAUGUUUUGGAAGAAAAUUUGAUGACAUUUGAGCAAAUCUUGAAAUGCAGAGAACAUAUCUCCCUCAGAAGAACUAAAUUGACUUUCGAUCAAAUUAUUCAACUCAACGCGCAUUUUAUUGAUAUUGCAGCAAGAGAUUUGACGAAUGAACAAAUCAAAAGGUACUUGAAAAUGUGGGAAAAUGGAGAAAUCGAUGAAAAUAUUGGAGAUAUUACGAUUGAUACAGAUAAAUUGAAAAUCUUGGAUGAAGAAUAUUAUAUCGAUGGAUUAUUGACAGUUUUCGAAAGAGAAGAACCAGCUAAAAAAAGAUUCAGGUAAAUUUUAUAUAAUUCUUUUUGAAAAUAGAAAAUGUUGAUUCAGAUCGUCUUAUGAGAGUAAUCAUUUUACUUUCAAAAUCAAGGGUCCACAACAAUGUGAAAUUCAUAUUCGGUUGGCUGAUGGUAAAAUUCGAUUAGAUCGUUUUAGUAAAGAACUUCUGGACCGAAUCCAUUCUUCCCGUUAA